AUGUCUACCAAAACUGCGCUGAAGGCCGCCAAAUCGGCGAUUGAUACCAAGAACUGGGAGGAGGCUAUUGAGCAGGCGAAUACCGUGCUUGAAAAGGACCCCAACAACUACUUCGCGAAACUUUUCUUGGGACGCGCCAAUGACGGGUUGAGCAAGUACGACGAUGCAGCGAGGGCUUACAAUGACGCGACAAAGCUCAAGCCUGACGAUGCGCAAGCAUGGCUUGGAUUGAGGGGCAUGUACGAGGGGCUGGGCGGUCGAAAUGUCGACGAGAAUAUUGAGGUCGGCCUGAGGCUGGCGGAGAUAUACGCAAAUCUCGACGACGCCCACCGCAGCCAGUCCGCCAUCGAUAAGCUCGUAGACCAUGCUCGCAAGCACGGCACAAAGACACAGUACGCACGCGCACUGGCCACACAGCUACCCUCUUCGCCUAUAUAUUCCUACCUCGAGGGGCGUCUGCCUCAGCCGUCAGCAGUAUUGACGCGCAUCGCCGAGAUCCACGAGACACAAGAGACAGCGACGAUAAAGAAGCUGAUCGAUGAGCGGAGACUACGCCUAGGCGCAACACUCGACAACACCACAAAGACGGUGAAGAACGAGGUCUACGGACAGAGUCCGCUAGAGGGAAUAUACGAGGAAAUCAUCAACUGGACGAAUGACGACGAGCUGAGGAGAGAAUAUGAGGAAAAGCUAUUGGAGCGAGUUUAUGAUACCCUGCUUGUGCUUCCCGCAGGCCAGAAGGAGGAGAAGCGACAGAAGGUUAUGAAGUUGGCACACGACAUGGUGGUCAUCAAGCAUCCAUACCACCUUGCGUGGCAGAUCGAGCUUGAGUGGCGGUCAGGAUUGGAUGUGGAGGCGUACUAG